GCGAUGUUCCCCUCGCCCGUGGGCUCUUCGGGCAGUCAGGGCAUCCCGCCGCUGGGACCAGGGCCCCCUCAGUGGGCACCCCCUCGGAAAGUUCCAUGGAGACUCUGUGCCCCGCUCCCCGCCUCGCAGUGCCGGGGUCCCCACGAGGGUCACCCUGCUCCCCCACACCCCGGAAGCCGCGUCGGGGGACCCAGGAGUUCUCUCCUCUGUGCCUGCGUGCCCUUGCCUUCUGCGCCCUUGCCAAACCCCGGGCGUCCUCUCUGGGCCUGGGGCCUGGGGAGCUGGCGCCGCGGGCUCCGGUGCUGCUGGGCCCUUGCGCCCCGCUGUGUACCGGAGGCAGGGCCCCGGAUGGCCUGAAGCACCUCGCGGGACAGGCCGGGCGGUCCAGCGAUCCCAACUCCCCGGCCCGCCAGGAUGCCGACGCCGCAGUGUGCCGGGGCCGCGGCGAGGAGGAAGAGGGCGGAGGCAGUUUCCCGCACUUCAGCGCUCGCUUCGGCGUACCUCCCGGCCACUGCCCGGCGCCCCGGCGCCCUCGGGAAUCUCCGACCAGCUCCGUCUCGGCUCCGCCUAGGCCAGCCCUGGCUCUCGACUCUCAGCCUGGCCCCGCCGCUAGCCCGCAUCAGGAGCCAGGUUCUUGGUCUCCGCCGCCACCUGCGGGCCUCUCCUCUGAGCCCAUGGGGCCUGGAGCCGCGCCGGAACCGCCCCCGCCGAACCAGACGGCCGCAGUCGAUGGAAACCCUCCGAAGGUCGCCCCCGAGGCACCGGCCUCCAGCCCCUCGACGGCCAGCGAAGCUCCGGCCGCGCCCGGCGAUCUCCGCCAGGAACAUUUCAAUCGUCUGAUCCGCCGCUCGAAACUGUGGUGUUACGCGAAGGGUUUCGCCCUCGACACUCCGAGUUUGCGCCGGGGGCCCGAGCGGCCCCCAGCCAAAGGGCCCGCCCGAGGAGCCGCCAAGAAACGCCGGCGGCCGGCGCCCCCCCAACGCAGCGCGCAGCCCCGCCGACCUACCCCGACGCUUCCCACCACGAGCACCUUCAGUCUUCUCGACUGCUUCCCCUGCCCCCCGGCCCUGGUGGUGGGGGAGGACGGAGACUUAGGGCCGGCAUCCUCGCUUCGCCUCCAGGGAGACGCUAAGCCCCCGCCUGCCCACCCGCUGUGGAGGUGGCAGAUAGGGGGUCCCGCUGUCCCUGAGCCCCCCGGCCUCAAAUUCUGGGGAAUCAACUUGAAGCAGCCCUGAGCGUUUUAUGGGCUGUGGUCAGAAGGACCUCAAAUGACAGUGAUCUUCAAGCACCUAACUGGUUGCAGUGACACCCCCUCCCCCUCAUCCUUUGGAGAAGAACCAAGGACUGGAGUCGGGAGAAGGCUUAACCGAAAAAGGCUUAAAACGUAGAUUCCAAUCCCUCCCUUCUUCCAUCUCGGAUCUCUGGGGGCAGGGCCUUCACCCCAGGGGGAGUCGAGGAGGCUACAACUCAAAGAGGAGGAAAAAAAAGAGGGAGAGAGACCUUGGUGAUGGACAAACCGGUUGUUUCUGUGGGCGAGCCUGGGGAUGGGGUGGGGGCUGUGGUGGGGGUGGGGAGGUGAUUGGCAGCUCCCUGGGGGCAUCCUCUACCCCCACCAACCAGGCCUUUAACCCUUCACUCCCCUCAGGCCUUCCCUAGCCUCCAAGCACCACUGUAGCCUUCCUGGGGACCGAAGCAGCUUAGGUAAGGGUAAGAUCACCCUCUCCCGGUUCUUUUCCUAGGGUCCCCCAAGUCAAGUGACCCCUAGUUACUGAGGUCUUCAUUCUCAGCCACCAGUCUUUCCCCUUUGUCCAGUUUGGGAGUUUCCUUCAGUAUUCCAUUUGCUUUCAGGUUAUAAGAUCUGAUGGGUAAAAGAGGACACCCCCACAACCCUCACCCCACCACACCACCCACCCCCACCCCUGCCUUGAGUCUGCCGCCACCUCUAGUUUAAUCCUGGUAUUAGGAGGGGCAAGGCUGAGGAACCUCCUGCCCUUCAGAAGUACAAACUGCCUGGGGAAGGAGCCAGAGACCAUCCCAGGGAAAGUAAUGGAAGGUGGAAGAAAUCAAUAAAAUCAGACCAAACAAGUUGCCCUUCCUUCCAGGUCCUCUCCACCGUUUAAGGAUGGAGGGCGUGGAGUUAGAGGGCACGCCUAGGGCCAUUCUUUGGACACCCAAACUCAGCCUCCUUCAAGGCUAGAAACAAGACAAGCUGCUCUUUGUGGAGGGGGUAGAUGAAAGGGCUCUUGGCCUAACCACAAGGUCCAGUGGGGUGUUUGAAGGGACUAAGUUUGAGUCUGGAUGGGAACUGGGUUGAGAAACCUUUAGCAUUCUCCCCCCACCCAACUUCAGGCAUUUCGGGAGUUGUCAGGGACCUGAUGGAUCCGAAGGAGGCAGGGCCGGGGAUUAGUUUUGAGGUCAGAAGUUCUGUUUUCCUGGGGGAGGGGAGCGAGUCAGAGGGGAGUGGACUUACUUUCUCCACCCAGGUGAGGUCUGGGGAGUUUAGCUCUUAGGGAAAUUCCAAGUUUAGGUUUGAGGGGAACCUUAGGGUUGCCGAUCAGUCCGAUAGUGAGGGACCCGGUGACCCUUCUGUCCACACUAGUGAAUAUUGUUUUUUUCCCCUUUUCCCCCAAGAAGGGAGGAGGGAGGAACAAUUCCCAUAUAUGAUACUGGGGAAGGACUUGUCUCCUUUUCUGUGAAAAUGCUUUGUAAAAAGUUGUUAAUGUUUGCAUAGAGCAGAUUCUUGGGGGAAAAAAAAAAACUGUUUUGGACCACAAAAGUUUUGUUUGUUUUAAAA